CAUGUGGCUACACUCCACGCAGCCUUAUCUCCCGUCGCCUGUGGUAUUAGCGCCCUCACACGCCCUUCACUAAAUAUCGUGUUUUCGAACUCCAGACACUCAAUUCUCUGAAACACAGCAAAAUUCCCCUCCAAUGGCUUCUUCAACCGCACUUUCACCCGCCAUCACUCCUUCUCAGUUGUGCUCGGGGAAGAAUGGGAUGAACUCUACGUCGCAUGUCGCGCUUGCGAAAUGCGUGAACAACAAGCGGAUGAAGGUUUCGUGCAUGGCGACGAGCGUCCCUGCUGAUGAUCGGGUGCCCGACAUGGGAAAGAGGCAGCUUAUGAAUUUGCUGCUGUUGGGUGCUAUUUCCCUUCCUUCUGGCGGAAUGUUGCUGCCGUAUACUUACUUCUUCGUUCCACCUGGUGGCCGCGGAGCUGGUGGCGGAACUGUGGCCAAGGAUGCAUUAGGCAAUGAUGUUAUUGCAGAAGUAUGGCUACAAAACCAUGGGCCUGGUGACCGGACUCUUACACAAGGACUGAAGGGUGAUCCUACAUACCUUGUUGUGGAGAACGACAGAACACUUGCUACAUAUGGGAUCAAUGCUGUCUGCACCCACCUUGGUUGUGUCGUCCCAUGGAAUGCUGCUGAGAACAAGUUCAUCUGCCCGUGCCAUGGAUCCCAAUACAACAAUCAAGGGAGAGUUGUUAGAGGACCUGCUCCUCUGUCGUUGGCCUUAGCUCAUGCCGAUAUUGAUGAUGGGAAGGUAGUAUUUGUUCCAUGGGUUGAAACAGAUUUCAGAACUGGUGAAAAUCCAUGGUGGGCUUAAAACUCUUAAGAGUUCUUUUCCUUAUACUGUACCUUAUCUUUAUAUAUGGACAUGCCCUUCAACAAAAUACUUGAAGUUACAGACAUUAUAGCAAAAUAGCUUGCCAUUCAGAUACAUUUUAAGUUGAUCCUAUUAUUUACAUACAUCAAGCCAAGUUCUUAUGAAUGAGAAGGGAUUGUUGUAAAUUUGAGUGCAACUGUGGAAAAUGUGCAUGUGCAUACUGCACCAACGGUUUAGUACCGACAAUGCCGUAGUCACUGAAACAAUGACUGGUAAUCGUUGUAUAGCUGUGGUUAAUUAAUGUUCACUACAGUUUUGAGCUUUUGAUUAUGAUACUUUAUCAUGACAACA